AUGGUCUUCAGCAGCAUUCCAUCGUUCGCAUGCAUUGCGCUGCUCUUCUCCACCACUGCUUUCUGCCACAUGGUCAUCAACUCUCCUGUACCUUUCGGGCAGAAGACCCUCACAAACUCACCGCUUGCCUCUGACGGUUCUGACUUCCCCUGCAAACAAAGAAGCGGAGUCUACGACAUCACAGCCAUGAACCAUAUGGUUGUCGGUGAGCCGCAGGUCCUCAACUUCACGGGCGAAGCGUCACACGGUGGCGGUACCUGUCAGCUCGCCAUUAGCCUGGACAAGGCUCCCACGAAAGAAAGCACAUGGAAGCUCAUCCAGGCCUUCGAAGGCGGCUGUCCGGUCAGUGCCGAUGGUAAUGCUGGCUCCCACCCUUUUACGUGGUCGAUUCCUGACUCCAUACCAUCAACGACUGUCACAUUUGCCUGGAUUUGGCAUAAUCGCAUUGGCAACCGCGAAAUCUACAUGAACUGUGCCCCGAUAUCCGUUACUGGGGGCUCAACUUCAUCGGACAAAUACGAGAGUCUACCAAAUCCUUACUUCGUGAAUAUGGACGACACUUGCAAGAGUCAGGACUCAACUGACUUGAUCAUUCCGUACCCGGGCGAGUAUGUUCUCAAGGAUUCCACCAACCUUAAAUCCGCAACUGGUUCGGGCUGUGCUGCAAAGGCGGCUGCGCAAACGUCUGGUGUGAAGGGCUACAGCAGUGCUACAUUAAAUGAUGGCGCAGCUUACAGCGCACCUGCCGAGACUAGUACGCCAGCAACGAGCAACGUCCAGACCAUUUCGCCAGCAUUGAGCGAGACACAGCCAACUUCGGCAGCAAGCUCUAUUGUUGCAUCCAGCACGAGCGCUCCGGGUUACACAUCCGCCCCAACCUCAUAUCCCACAAUGACUGUGUCCUCUGGUCAAGGUGUGUUCGGCCCUGGAUCUACAGCAGGGUCUGCCGCAGCGCCUAUCGGAACUGGGUCCUCAAGCAGCUCUUCUGGAGCUUCCAGCGGAUCCUGUGCGAGCGACGGCGAGCUCAUUUGCAACGGUGCCAGCCAGUUCGGCAUCUGCGGCCACGGCAAGGUUAUCUACCAGGCUGUCGCCGCAGGGACGCAGUGCAAGAAUAGCAGCAUUCAGAAGCGAUCUGACAGCAACGUCCACGUUCGACGACAUGCACGCAACUAUGGGGCUUAA